CCCCAGGGUUUAUUUGCAGUGUAGUUGCAACAACUACUUGGUUUUUUUUUUCGUUGUUUGAUAGCUUCAGAAAAUUGGGAAUCGGUGAUAGCGUGGUAGUUUCAACCCCUGGCUCCGAUGACAUGUCAUAACGGAGUCCUCGUCCGCGACAGCGGCCUACAUCCAUGGCCUUCUCCAUCUGAUUCCAUUCGAGAUCAAUGUCGAUAUCCGUCGCAAAUAAACGACAACGGCCUCCUAGUAAAGGAUCCAUUCUGAAGUACUCGACAAUGAAGAGUCUGCAAAAGGGGCCGGCAAGCCUCCCAUGCUUGUAAACCAGGCCAGUUCGGCUGAUCAAAAUAUUGUUUCGUCGAAGAAGCGUGAUGGUCAAGAAAUUGGAAGGCACCUCAGCAUCAAAGUGACAACCCGAUCCUCUGCCCGAAAUAGAAAGAAAAUCCCGAAGAUUAUCCAUGGAAAGAGUACUGACCGAACUGGUGAUAAUCCUCCUCUUCCAGAGAGAUUCAUGACUAAAAUAAGGCAACUAGGUUAUACUGGGAACCCAGAACUGGUGAUUCAAAAGAAGUUGUUUAAAUCAGAUGUUAACAAAGUGUUGCAAAGAUUUUCAAUUCCGGGGAAACAAGUAGAAAAUAAGGAUUUCUUGACGAAUGAAGAAAGGAAGAAGCUCAACAACAAGAAAUUAAACUGGUCAAUUAAAUCCAUUCUGAUCGAUAAUUCUCUGACCCUUUGGGACAUCUCUUUGAAGAAGUGGGCUAUGAGUAAAUCGGGCCAGUGCGCCUUGAUUUCUAAGUGGAAUCCCGUUGUAGAUGCAAAUGAAUUGACUGCGGGGAUACAAGUUCAGUUGUGGUCUUUCAGGAUGAAUGGACAGUUGUACUUUGUUUUAGUUAAGUUGGAGUGA